GGCAUCUGCAGGAGAGAGUCAGAGAGCAGAAACCUCUUGGCUCCCAGACAAUUCCCUUCCAGGCUUUGGGCCUAGAAUUGAGGAGAAAGUGAGCUAAGUGGGGGUGGGGCCAGGCUAAGCUGCUCUGGGCUGGGCUGAUCCCUCCCCAGCCAGGGGGCGGGACCCCAGAAGGAGGGAGAGGGCAGAGCCAUUGGAGAGGAUCAGACACUGGAAAAGUGACAUGGCAGGAACCAGUCUUGGGGGCCGCUUGUACCGGCAGAUCAAAAGACAUCCAGAGCUCAUCCCGAUGAUCAGCUUCAUCUGCUUGGGCAUGGGCAGUGCUGGGCUCUACUUGCUUCGACUUGCCCUGAAAAGCCCCGACGUCUGCUGGGACAGAAAGAACAACCCGGAGCCCUGGAACCGUCUGAGCCCCAAUGACCAAUACAAGUUCUUUGCAGUUACCACUGACUAUAAGAGCCUGAAGAAGGACCGGCCAGACUUCUAAGCCAGGCUGGGCGGCCAGUGCCAUGCAAACCACGGACAGCCAGCCCACCCACCUCUACUCCUCCCCCAGACCCCUCCCCUCAAACGCCAAGGCGUCGGUCCGGCCACCCUGUCCUGAUCCUGCUUACACAGGCCGGGUUCCCACGAAGAGGGGAGGCUGCUCCACCCCUACUCUCCUCCCCGACUCCCAGCAGCGGAAGCACCUCUGACCCUCAGCUUGAGUCCCACAUGGGGGAGGGGGAGGCAGGCAGCGCCAGGAGGGGUCGACCAAAAAAACCCAAGCCAGCCCCUCUGCCGUCCUACGGGGCCUCGAAGGGUGUGGCACAGGCUACGUGUUGAGCGUGGUCUACGUGAGCCAACAAGAAGCAGGGGCCUCUGAGUGCCAAGCGACGUGGCGAGGUCCGCGUUAGCUCCAGCUCUGGGAGCCAGCCCAGGGGCGGCGCUGCUCAGCUUGGGCUGGUCCAGGGCCUGCCCAGGCUGAGGCACCUUUGCCUCCUGAGGCGCAGCACACUCCUCCCCUGCCCAAGCCUCCCGACAACAGCACCCCCUCUAGCCCCACACCUGGGCCUCCCCCUGCCGUUCCCCUCCCUUGCUCCCCACUGUCCCCAGGGAUCAAACAGAAGCAGCCGUGGGCAAAAUACAAUUUCAUUUAACAAAUUGAA